AUGAAUCCCAAAAUAGCUGAUUUUGGGAUGGCUCGGAUAUUUGGAGCAGAAGAGUCCAAAGCCAACACCAAAAGAGUUGCUGGCACUUUUGGCUAUAUGUCUCCGGAGUACUUCAGAGAAGGGCUAUUCUCGGCUAAAUCAGAUGUGUUCAGCUUCGGGGUUCUAAUGCUCGAAAUCGUUUGUGGAAGGAAGAACAACAGCUUCCACCAUGACUCAGAAGGACCUCUCAACCUCAUUGUUCAUGUAAAAGCUAACACUCUCUUCUUCUUGUUUCAUUUGUUAGCAUCUCGCAUGCUUAUUUGGUCUUUGGAUCUUGAAACUCUGUUUUCAGGCGUGGAAUCUUUUCAAAGAGAACCGAAUCCGCGAGGUGAUAGAUCCGUCUCUGGGAGAUUCUGCACGAACCCUCAAGUGUUGAGAUGCGUUCAAGUUGCUCUCUUGUGUGUACAAGAGAACGCAGAGGAUAGACCAAGUAUGUUAGAUGUUGUGUCUAUGAUAUACGGCGACGGCAAUAAUGCUCUUUCUUUGCCUAAAGAGCCAGCUUUCUAUGAUGGUCCACGGAGAAGCUUGCCGGAUAUGGAGGUUGAGUCACCGGAGCCGGAAAAUGUAUCAGAGAAUAGAGUGACCAUCACGGUGAUGGAGGCAAGGUGA